AUGGAUUGUGUUGUUUGCACGGAACGAUUGAACAAUGAGAUUGCAGCUCUCAUGUGCGGGCAUGUGUUUCACAUUGAAUGCGUCAAGAACUGGUUCCGUCGUGGCUUGUCGAAACAAGCUUGUCCGAUCUGCAAGCAAACAUUUGAUGUUUCCAACAAGAACAGGUCGGACAAGCGGAUGGUGAAGAUAUAUUUGCCCGAUAUUCUUGACCGUCAGCUGCAAAUAAACCAUAUCGACGACGUUGGCGACAUGGACCAAAAGGCCCUGGGGGAGAAACUGCUGCAGGAGAGAAAUUAUUUUCGAGCCGUUGAGCAGGAGCUAAGGUUGGAGAUUCAGGCUCAAAGAGAUUCCAACUUGAAUCUCAGUACCGAGAAGGCGCAGCUUGAGGACAAAGUAAAGCAGCUAGCGACACACAGUGAGAGUGAGCAUCGUAAAGCAUCGCUGCUAUGGGAGAAACUGAAUGAAACGCAAUCGAGUCUUGCUGCAUGCAAAACGGAAAUGAGAAGGAGUUUGGAGAAGGCCACAACAAUGGAAACAGAGCUUGUGAAGCUGCGAAGGAUGCAGAGUAACUUCAAUUGCUAUCAGCUUGUUCAACAGGGAAACGACGACAAGGCGUUGGAAGAUCUGCAGAGGAACAACUCCGGCGACACUUUGCUUGUAGAGCUCAAGAAGAUCUUGAAUUUUCGCCACACCGCCUUCAAGAAGCUGCAGGAAACUUCCAACGACAUGCAGAAAGAGAUUCAGCGGCUGCGAGGAGAACUUGAACGCAAGAGGGCCAUCGAUCACGGACCGUCUGCAAGGCUGGCGGACUACAACCGACCAAAGUUUUCGAUGGCUAACAGGAAGGUACCAGAGCUGGAUCCCCCUGAUCGGCCAUGCACAUCCUCGGCUCCGGUGGACAAUCGAGUUGGGUCUCGGAUUGCUGAGGCAGUAGCUGAGAAGCGGCCAGACGCGACCGAUGUUGAAGACAAAGAGAAUAUGCUGAACAGUGACAUUUCAACCACGACCACGAAGAUCAAGGGAAAGAGCAAAGGCAGGAGCCUGCUGAGGCCACAGGAAGGGCAGGUGGUCCGUUCCAACGAUCCAGACAACGGUGGGAGAUUCAUUCGCAGCGGGCCAGAUGGGAUGGGAGGGACGAUCAACAUUCACCCGGUGCACACUGGCUUCAACCCUCCACCCAGAGCGAGCCUUCACUCCAGCAUGACAACGGAGACAUCGGACGGCAACAAGAUCAACCACAAGCGAAAGAUUGUGCAACCGGAGAAACCAACGUCCAUCAAGAAGUUCUUCAGCAACGUCAGUGUGUAA